AUGAAUGUCCAGGAUAAAAUUGUUGUUGUUACAGGAGGCCUUUCUGGCCUCGGUGCAGCGACAGUUAAGCUCAUGAGCAGCCUCGGUGCCUCAAUAGCAGUCUUCGAUUUGCAGUUACCAAAAGAUUCACCAACUGGUGACUCAGAUUCGCAGAAAUACCGAUAUUUCAAGGUCGAUGUGUCCAAGACGGAGCAAGUAGCCGCAGCGGUGCAGGCUGUGACGGCGUGGAGCAAGGAGACGAACAAGCCCAUUGCUGCAGUGGUUUGCUGUGCUGGUUUUCUCGGUCCGGCAAAGAUUCUCUCAAAAAACAACAGUCCUCUGGCUCUGGAAACCUUCAAAAAGGUCGUCGACAUUAGCCUCACAGGCACCGUCGAUGUCAUCCGCCAAAUCUUGCCUCACAUGUCAACCCAGCCCGCCGACACAAAUGGUUCGCGCGGAGUCAUCAUAACCGUCUCCUCAGCUGCCGCCUUUGAUGGCCAAGAAGGUCAAGUCUCAUACAGCGCGGCCAAGGGAGCCAUUGCGGCCAUGACGCUGCCGCUCGCGAGGGAUCUCUCCCGGUGGGGGAUUCGGGCGGUUUGUAUUGCGCCGGGCAUGUUUGACACGGGAAUGGUGGAGGGAAUGCCAGAAAAGGCGAGAGAGAGCUUGAACAAGACGCUGGAGUUUCCGGCGAGGGCGGGCAGGCCGGAGGAGUUUGCCUGCAUGGUGAGAAGCGUGGUUGAAAAUGUCAUGCUAAACGGGACGGUGAUACGGUUAGACGGGGCGGCAAGGAUGCCAAGUCGGUUGUAA